CUUUUGGCCCACCAGCUCAAGUGCAUUUGUUCUGUGCUGAUUGUUUUAAAGGAUUUUGCCUCCAUCGACAGAAAAGUGGAGGGGAUAACUUUUUGGAAUUCAGCCUAGGGCUUCCUCUUUGACGUUUCGCUCACUCCUGGCUUGCACUCUCUCUCACUCUUUCCCUGAGGAAAGACUGAUACUUAAGAGGGUUGAUUUAUCCUGAGGAAUUCAGUGCAUAAAGCCUUUACCACUGUCAUAGUGUCACUCAUGAUGCACAGCUUCAUGGGAGGGGGCCUAUUUUGUGCCAUCGUGGGGAACAUCCUGCUGGUGGUCUCCACAGCCACAGACUACUGGAUGCAGUACCGUCUGUCUGGCAGCUUUGCCCAUCAGGGCCUGUGGAGGUACUGCAUGUCUGGCAAGUGUUACAUGCAGACCGACAGCAUUGCUUAUUGGAAUGCCACUCGUGCUUUCAUGAUCCUCUCUGCCAUGUCAUGCUUUGCUGGCAUCAUCGCAGGAAUCCUCUCCUUUGCCCACUUCUCCGCUUUCGAGAGGUUCAACCGCUCAUUUGCUGCUGGGAUCAUGUUCUUUGUUUCAACUCUCUUUGUUCUGCUUGCAAUGGCCAUUUACACUGGAGUGACUGUGAACUUCUUGGGCAAGCGCUUUGGUGACUGGCGCUUCUCUUGGUCCUAUAUACUAGGCUGGGUGGCACUGCUCAUGACCUUCUUUGCAGGUAUAUUCUACAUGUGUGCCUACAGGAUGCAUGAGUGCAGAAGAGUGGCCGGCCCACGUUAAAGUAAGCAGGAAAUAACGUGUCAAGGCUGCACAGGAUAUCAAUUCCCGCUCAAAAAUAGAGAAUAGAGAACUUACUGUAAAAUAAUAAAAAUUUGGAAUUUUGCAUAUGCA